GAGAGCGCGUCGGUUCGACGUGACAAUUAGAUUCCGUUCAGACAAAUAGAUUUGAAAAAGGUUCAUAACUGAUUAAUAAUUUAAUUUAACGUUGAAAUAAACGUUAAAAAAAUGUCGACGACAGAUAUAAAGAUGCUUGUGGACAUGGGUUUCAGUAUAUCCAAAGCCGAAAAGGCCCUGGAAAUUACAGGAAACAAUGGCGUAGUCCCAGCAAUGGAAUGGCUUUUGGCUCAUGGUGAUGAAGCUGAACCUUCACCUGAACCUCCUGUUGCUGAAAGUGUACCAGCUUCUGUAGCUGAUACUCCAGCACAAGAUAGUAAUGCUAGUACCGGUGGACAAGUAUCUACGACAGAAGUUGCAAAGUCUAUGAAAUGUGAUAUAUGUGGAAAGCUUUUUAACAGCUGUGUAGCUGUUGAAUUUCAUGCUACAAGGUCUGGACACGAUAAAUUCUCGGAAAGUACAGAAGAAAAGAAACCACUUACCGAAGAAGAGAAGAAAGAACAAUUGAAAUUGUUGGAUGAAAAAUUAAGACAAAAGAGAAAAGAAAGAGAGGAACAAAGUAAGAAGGAAGCAUUUGAAAGGGAGAGAAAUAGAAUAAAAUCUGGAAAAGAAAUGAUAGAGGCAAGAAAGAAAUUAGAAGAGUUAGAAAUGAAGAAAAUUUUGGAACAAAGGAAGAGAGAAAAAGAAGAAGCAGUAAUUGCAAGGCAGAAAGUCAAAGCGCAGAUUGAAGCAGACAAAGCUGCAAGACGUGCAAAAGCUGCUGCUGAAAACAAUCCAACUACAAAUUCUGUAUCAACGUCCUCAUUGUUAUCAUCGUCCUCUUCUACAUCAACUCAUCACAGAAAAGAUUACAGCGAAACUAAGCUACAGAUUAGACUUACAAAUGGAAGUACCCUAACGCAAAGUUUUGGAAGCAAAGAACAGUUAUCUGCCGUUAGAUUAUUUGUUGAAAUGAAUCGAACGGAUGAUAGUGGAGCAUUUAAUUUAAUGACAAACUUUCCUAAAAAAGUAUUCACAGAGGAGGAUUAUGAUGUACCAUUAGAUGUUUUAGGGCUGGUGCCUUCCGCAGUUAUAAUCGUUCAAAAAAAGACUGCAUCGUGUUGAGUGGUUUCUAUUUUUAUUUUAAUAAUAAGAAUGCAAACAAUGAGCAGUUACAUUAUCUCUAAGCAUGCAAUUUAAUUGCAAUUAAGUGCUAUAUAAAAGAAAUUCUUUUAAUAUGCGUUGAUUAUUUAAGAUUGCAGAUAAGUUUUUCAUUACUUAGUUUUCAAAAAUGCUAUAAUUAAGAAAAAUUGAGUGGGAAGCAGGAAAUAUACGUUUGAAAAUAUUG